GAAGGCCUUUCUCUACUGUUGUGGGUAUUCGAAAACUGUCAGGCAGAUCUGCCACAUGUCUGGCUGGUACUCCAUGCUGACAGAAGUCCUGGCAUGCAACGCUUGCAGAAAGGCUGCAAAGGAGUCAGAGGAACACUCCAUCGGUCGGUUCCUCUCAUGGGAUGCGUGCAUCCUUAACCAGCUCAGUCCAGCUCACAGAGCAGUGUUCCCAGCUGUCUUGACAUUACGGCGUGGCAUGGACAAGCAGGUUAUCCGCCUGAUGAGGGAUCGCACCGAGGGCAACACCAUGGCCAAGGUGUGGAGGCAGGUCCUGGAGAGUCACUGCGAGGAGUACCUGCAAAGAAAGGACUUGUACACCACCCUCCUCAGCCAGUACAAAAAACCUGGGAAGAUCACACGGAACAUUUGCCAACAAUUCCAGCUACCACCAGCGAGGAGAGAGCUGCCAUGUCCGAAGCUGUUGAGAAAGGCCUUUCUCAUUGCAGAGGCAGAAAACAUCGAGGACUACCGCACACAGAUUAUGUCUUCUUUUGGCAAAGUCCUAAAGUACGACUCCACCAAAAAGAUCUGCAAGAAACUUUCCGGGGAUGGAAAGGGCACGGCGGAAUGGUGCACCAACGUGGCCAACGAGCUGGGCCAGAUCCUCACGUCAGUCCUGACUUGUGAGGAGUCGCUGGACAAAAUGCGGCCGAUGGCUGAAGGCCUCAUGGAGAGGUACAGGAGAGCUGACGAGGCACCUCCCGAGCUCAUGUACGUGGAUCGCGGCUGCUGUCGCAUCCACGGCGUGUCUUCUGUGGAGCAGCUCUUCAGCGAGUGGACCGACAGGGGUAUGCUGGUACGGCUCGAUCUUUCAUUGGAUCCAUCGAUUUGA